GGAAUAAACUCGAGACAACCUUUCAUACACACGUCGUUAAAUAAAUCACUCGUAAAGAAUUACUAAAAAAAAAUAAAUUAAAUUCCGAAAUAUGGAGACGAUUGUUGGAAUCAAAGGCAAGGAUUUUGUGAUGCUUGCAGCUGAUAGUUCACAUCCUCACUCUAUUAUGAUCCUUAAAGAUGAUGAGAAUAAAAUUUAUAAAAUAUCCGACUCGUUGAUGAUUGCUGCUGUUGGCGAUUCAGGAGAUACUGUUCAAUUUGUCGAAUAUAUUUCCAAAAAUAUUUUGCUCUAUAAAAUGAGAAAUGGUUACGAGUUGGGUCCAAAAGCUGCUGCUUAUUUCACAAGAAAGAACCUCGCCGAUUAUUUGAGAACGAGAUAUGCUUAUCAAGUGAAUAUGUUGGUAGCGGGCUACGAUAAGACUGAUGGUCCACAGCUUACAUUCAUUGAUUAUUUGGCAAAUACAUUGUCAGUUGAUCAUGGCACACACGGCUAUGGUGGAAUGUUUUGUGGAAGUAUUCUGGAUAGAACUCAUCAUGAAAAUAUCACACAAGAUGAAGCAUAUGACGUUAUGAAGAAAUGCGCCCGCGAAAUCCAAAAACGAAUGAUAAUCAGCCAACAACGAUUCCAUGUUAUGGUUGUUGAUGGCAACGGCGUACGUCGACUUGAAGAUUUAACAGCUGAAAAUCUUAAAGUUUAAUUCAUCAUCCUUAAUUAUUUUUAUUUCGGAAGCAGAACUUCUCAAUUUUCCUUUCAUAAUUAAUAAAAAAUCCAUGGGAAUAAAAAAAAAUAAUUCAAAUUUUCUU